CAGAAUAAUGGAGUCCCCAGGAGGGGCACUAUCCAGCACCCCACAGGGAUGCCAAGAAGGCCGGGUACUCCGCACUACCACUCGGCCCGUAGGCCGACAUGAUAGUCAGAGACCUCUCCCCAACCUAGGAAGAUCCGCCCCCCGAAUCGUCUCUCUCUCACCUCGUCUCACUUAGUCUCACCUAACUUCUGUUCACCAAGUGAAUCAGUUCAAGAGCACAAACCUACAAAUUCGUCUCAAGCAACGACGCCAAUUUGUCAGGUAAUAUGUUUCCACGUCGAUGUGUUAAUUUGGUCUCGCAAGGUUUAGUAUAAAAUACGAAUAUUUGCAUUAUUGUUUAAAUACGACGAUUUGCGAGCGGAGUUCCGCGGUCGCGCGUGGUUUCGCACCAUUAGACGAGCCGCUGUUUAAGAGUUUUUGGCAAUAUUUAUAAGUUGUAGUAAUAAAAAACAAAAUUAGGCUGUAUUACAGUUAAUAUUACAACGACAAAUUUGGCUCAAUGAGGAGGAAAUCCCCUCACGUUUUGUGUGUUUUUUGAGUUAUACUAUAAAUUAGUAGGUCACUUCAAUAUCCUAUCAGUCUUUUUAAAUUGUUUUUUUGAGUCCGAAAUAGGGAUUUAAAUGAAAUGAUCGUGUGCCUGCCAUAUUCUGUGAAAUAAAUGAUGUCAAAUAAAGUGAUAAUGUGCCUGCAAUAGUAAUAACUAACUGUACACAUUGAUUUUCUCAUCAUUAAAUGAUAACAGUCAUUCAGUUGGACUGUGAUGCCAAGAAGAUGAAUACAGAGAAAUCAAAUCGAAUAAGUUCAGUUCAAAAGACCCCCUCCCCAUACUGUAAUUAUGUUCUGUUUAUGGUAAUCAGAGUCAUUAAUCCAGCAUCUCAUAUCAGAGUAUUUUACUCACAGCUCUAUUUGUUGUGAUGUAUUUCUGUAGACAUGUAUAAGCCUCAGUUCACCUUCCUGCCUGGGACCAACCACCUGAGGCUUCAAGCCAGCAGCGAUGCUGCUGCAGCAGCCCAGCAGGAGAGGAGAGACAGCAGCGGCAGAGAGAAGCUGCCUGUAAAAUCCACCCAGGAGGUGGAGGCCGCGGCACAGAGACGGGUCAGGGCCCUGGGGGGGGAUCCCACGGACCGACGCUGCAUCCUCAGUCAAAUGGAGGUGCAGUUUGGUCUGUACAGGGGACACACCUUCCAGUGGCUGCUGACCCAUGACCUCGGCUACACAGUGGGACUGUUGGCGAGCCACGAGGCAGAGUGUGAGGCAGGACACGGCAGCAGCAGCAGCCCCCUUCUGUGCAAUAAAGACGCCCUGCUGGAGUAUGCACGGCUCUUUAAAGAAGUCACCGCUGCCAUUGUGGAUAAGAGGAGGACAGGCACUGACUUAGAGGGCGACCGGCUGGUGGGCUUCGGUGAAUACAGCACCCUCACUUACAGGGAGCUGUAUGAGAGCUCAGACCCACAAAUAAGCAGCUAUAGGGGAUGGAUCAGGGGGAUGCAGGUCCAGCAUGCUGGCUCCCGACUCAGUCAGCUGAAAAAGUAUGCGCCGAGGAGGGACAGGGCCCAACAACCUGCUGCAUCCUCUGCUGCUUCCACCCGCAGCCCGGCAGCGUGCUCCAGCAGGGCCGGCAGCAAGGCCAGCUGCACCACGAAGGCUGCUGCACCUUCCCCUCAGCGCCAGUCCUCCACUCCAAGGAAGAAGCGAGCCAUGGUUCUUUACAGUUCCUCGGAGGAAGAUGAGGAGCUGAUGGUGGAAGCUGCUUCUGCUGUAGAGCAGGAGCUGUCUGCUUUGGGUGAGUCAUGCAGCAGGUCUAUUUUUCUAACACAUUUCAUCACAAUGUGUAUGAUAGUGACCGUGCUGGACUCUGCGCCCGUUGUAGCAACUUCAUCAGCAACUCCUACUCCUCUCCUCACACCAUCUCCCUCUGCUGAUAAACCCAGCGCUCCUGCAGCCCGGGUUGGUUUCAAAAGACUUUUUGAAGCAAGAAGUUGUUUUUUUCUUAUUUGCAGCAGUUCACUUGUUACGGCCCCUGGCCUUUUGAGGCUGUGCAGGCUCCUUUUCUUUUUUUUUUGUUAUGCAGAUUCAGCUGUGGGGGCACACCUUCCUGAUUGGCUGCCUGGAGACUGCUGGAAGGCAGCCGUGCCAUUGGACCAGCAGAGAAUUGCAAGCCAAUCAGAUGCUAAUGAGGCCCACCUGCAACAUAUAAAAUGCUCCAGUGAACAUUCUCCCAGUGGGGCAGCUUGUAGGAAGAGGUUUUGUUCAGCUGUCCCCCACCUUUGGUGUUUUCAACUGCUUUGGGCAGUUUUGGAAAAUUUCUUGUCCUGUUUGUUCUGCUAAAAGGGUUUUGACUUUGUUGUAGUUUGCCUCGCAAGCUAGAAGCUCAUGGUUGGGAGGCUUGGUACCUCCCUUUUGUGAAUGUUCUUUUCUUUUUGGGUUCCUUGAACUUAAUAUUCCUCAGGCUGUUAGCCCUCUGUGCUUUUUUUUUUGUGUUACCUGGGUAAAAUUGUAUUGUGGCUUUGUGAAACCCUGUUUUGUAAUAAAUCCUUUUACAUUCCACUUGUUUCCUCUGGACACAUCAUUAUGUUACCGCCCCUGAACCCCUAGACCUGUGUGGGCCGUAACAUCA